AUGAGUGCCAAGACCAUGGGCUGCAGCUCUCCGGCCAAGAACUUCACCGUGACCAUCGUGGGCGGCGGAAUCGGCGGCCUCAAUCUGGCUGUCGGUCUCUUGCGCCGCAAUGUCCCCGUGCAGAUCUACGAGGCCGCGUCGGCCUUUGCAGAGAUCGGUCUGGGGUUGUCCAUUGGCCCCGCGGCACAUCGGGCCAUGCCCCUAAUCGAUCCCCAGAUCCGCGAAAUAUAUGACUCGUUGGUCACGACGCAUGCCGAUAGUCCGGGGUACGAAGCCUUCCGUCAGACCUGGUUUGAGGUUGUCUGGGCCAGCGGUGCGAAGGAGGGUGAGACCCUGUUGGAUCUGAAGGCACUACCGUCGGGACAGACGACGCUCCGCAGGGCGGAUUUCUUGGAAGCAUUGGUGAAUCUGAUCCCCAAGGAUAUUGUGCAUUUUGGGAAGCGAUUGGAACAUCUGAGGGAGACGUCCGAAGGCGUGAACUUGCAGUUCGACGACGGGACAACCGUCCUUGCGGACGUGGUGGUCGGCUGCGACGGCAUCAAAUCCAAGGUGAAGGAGUCGAUUCUGCCGGAUGAAGCGCAGAAACCACGGUUCAGCGGUAUGUAUGCGUACCGCGCGGUGCUGGAUAUGGAGGACAUGGUCAAAGCAGUGGGUGACCAACGCGCUCGCGUGUCGACGAUGUACAUUGGCCACCGCGCAUACGGUAUUUCAUAUCCCAUCAUGCGUGCCAAGAAGGUCAAUGUGGGAUUCUACAUCUUGAAGGAUAACUGGGAUUACGAGAACUGGGUUCGUCCCGCGCAUAAGGACGACAUGCGAAAAGAUGCCAGCCAUAUGGGGCGAUAUGUACAAUCCCUCGUCGAGUUCAUGCCCGAUCCGUCCCAAUGGGCCAUCUUCGAACAUCCCCAUAUUUCCACCUACUGCAAAUCCCGCGUGGCUAUCCUCGGAGAUGCUGCGCAUGCCUCCACUCCUCAUCAAGGCGCGGGUGCCGGUCAGGCUAUUGAGGACGCGCAUGUGCUAGCGGAGCUGCUCAGCGAUUCCCGAGUCACUGAGGUUAAGGACGUCGAAGCGGCGUUUAAGGCAUAUGACGAGGUUCGGAGACCCCGCAGUCAGCGAGUGGUUACCAGUAGUAAGGAGAAUGCGUAUCUUCUGUGUCUAUGUUUAGAUGGAGUUGGUGACGACGAGGAGAAGCUUAAGGAUACUUUCCAAAAGCGACUCCGCUGGCUCUGGGACUUAGAUGUACAGGAACAUGCCGAGGAGGCCAGAAAGAAAAUGGCCGAGUAUUUAUCGGUAUGA